UAAAAAGUGAAUACGUCACCAACAUUUGACUACACUUCAAAUUUAAUCGAUUGCCGCUUUCUCCGUCUCUUUGUUGUCCAAAAUUUUCUGCUUAUCGAAGCUUUCUGUAUGGGAUCAUGCCAUUCGAUCGUCUGAAUGCACGUUCGAACAUAUUCGAUUACAUACAAAUGUACAUUAUUCCCACAUUCUAUAUCAUAUGCUAUGGCUUGAUCAAUUUCGGAUCCUUUGGCAUUGCCCACAAUCCCAGCUGUGAUAGCGUGUGUCGUCUGGGCAAUGCACUGAUUGUGCAUUUGGGUUGCUUCCUCUAUCUAUCCAUGCAUGCUCUGAAUUUAUGGCGUCGUAAGAAAUUCUUUAUUGUCUUUGAAAAUUCACUUCAAGACAUCGAUGAGAAUUUGAGGAGAUGUCAAGCUGUCAGCGGUGGUGACAUGGAUGGUAAACCGAAGAAGAAACGGAAGUAUUUAUUUUAUGGAACAUGGAUUGUGGUUAUACUGGCAUUUACGGCGUCAUUUUGUUAUGAUGUGAAGGAGUUGGUGCAUUACUACCACGAAUAUUUCUUCAUAACGCUGAUGGUCUCGAAUUUUCCAUACUCGGCGGCUAGUGUGAUGCUGGGUCAGUUCAUUUAUUUCGUUUCGGAAAUAUCACAACGUUUUGAAAAACUCAACGAGUUGUUUGAGAAAAUCAAUGCCGAGAGUGAUCGUAAACAUAUUCCCUUGAUGAUAUUCGAUAUUGAGACGGAUGCCAAAAAGGAUAUGCCACCAAAUCAGCAACUACGGCAGCGACACCUGACGGCCACCAAUGAGGAAAGUGAUGAACUCAAUGAUGAUUUGGAGAGUUUUUAUGACACCGAAACCAUACCAGAUGAUGGACCCACCUCUGAAAGCAAUCUGCCCGAAUUGUUUAAACUUCACGAUAAAAUUCUUUCGCUGAGCGUCAUCACCAAUGCCGAAUAUGGGCCGCAAAGUGUUCCCUAUAUGGCGGUGUGCUUUGUCAUCACUAUUUUUGGCAUCUUCUUGCUGACAAAAGUUUUCUUUGUGGUGGGUGGCAAGAGUCGUCUGUUGGAUUAUGUCAUCAUUUUGUUCAUGGUCUGGAGCCUCACAACGAUGGUCGUGGCCUAUUUGGUGUUGCGUUUGUGCUGCAAUGCCAACAGUUUUUCCAAGCAAUCGGCCAUGAUUGUGCAUGAAAUAAUGCAAAAGAAACCUGCCUUCAUGUUGGGCAAUGACCUGUACUACAACAAAAUGAAAUCCUUUACGUUGCAGUUCCUGCACUGGGAGGGCUAUUUUCAGUUUAACGGUAUUGGUUUGUUCACCUUGGACUAUACGUUUAUAUUUUCGACUGUCAGUGCCGCCACAUCAUAUUUAAUUGUGUUGCUGCAAUUCGAUAUGAGCUCGAUAUUGAAAUCUGAAGGAUUACUUUAAUAUUAUGGGAUAUGCAAAGAAUUUUUAAUAUUUU